AUGCUUGAUUCUCACCUUACAGACCCUUUGCAAUUAUUUAAAAAAUAACCAUAAUAUAGAAGCAAAGCAGAGAUCGAUCUUUUAGUCUAAUUCACUUAAGAACUACCAUUUUUUAAAUAAUAUUAAAAGCAAGAUAAUGGAGUGAUUAUUCACCGUGAGUGUUGCAAGUAUAUGUUCAUAGAAAAUUUACGCAUAAACGAAGUUGUCUUUCAUGUAGGUAUUAAAAUUUUUAAUAUAUAGAUACAAUUGGAACAAAAUUUUAUGUAAUUUUAGAGGGAUAAGUGGAAGUACUAAUAAAAAGGAGAGGCUUUGAUGAGUUAGAAUAGGUAAGAAUUCUAAGAAGAGGAGAAUCCUUUGGUGAAUUAGCACUUAUUCAUAAACAACCUAGGUUAGCUACUAUUAGAUGUGUAACUGAUUGUAUUUUUGCUAUUUUGGAUAAAUAAAAAUUUUAAUAGAUAUUACAAUAUGAAUAAAAUAAAAAGAUAGAACAAGUAUCAAUUACAAUAUAUUAGAAUAUUGAUUUCUUUGCUCAAAUUUCAAUUUUUAAUUAGCUAAAUCGGACUUAAUUAACUUAGAUAUAUUUAAAUUCAUUUUUAUAUGAAUAUGAAAAGAACUAAUUAGUCAUUUAAAUAGGAGAAAAAUCUGAUAGCUUUCUUAUCAUCAAAUAAGGGUUAUUUUAAGUUAAAAAAUAGAUUAACAAAUCUUAACCUCUGAUUGUAAAAAUUUUCUUUGAUUGUAGCUUUUUGAGAUUGGAGAGAUGCAAAUUUUUGGAUUUUAUCAUCUUUACAAUAAAAUCCCUUAUGAAUAUUCAUUAGUCUGUUCAUCUUCUAAAGGCUUGAUAUAUAAAAUACAAAGAAAUUCACUAAUUGAAAAAAUUUUUGAAUCCUAUUCUUAAGAUUUAGACAAACAUAAAAAUGAAAUUAAUUUUUAUGCGAACUUUAAAGUUAAUUAAGAAUAAUCAACACACCUUAAAUAUCCAAGAUUUUUCUAAAUUAAAACAGAAGGAGAUGAAGAAUAGGAUCUAUAAUAAGAUUAAAAUUCGGCAAAAUCUUAAAAAAACUAGAAGUUAAAAAUUUUCGAUCAUAGAAAUAGAAAUCAGAUAAUACAACAAAAAAUGGAUAAUUUGAUUGAAACAUCAAGAAGAAAAAAAAACAACCAAUAAAAAAUUCCUUAAAUAAAUGGUUUAUUUUAAAUUUUCCUUAAAUCNUUACAGACCCUUUGCAAUUAUUUAAAAAAUAACCAUAAUAUAGAAGCAAAGCAGAGAUCGAUCUUUUAGUCUAAUUCACUUAAGAACUACCAUUUUUUAAAUAAUAUUAAAAGCAAGAUAAUGGAGUGAUUAUUCACCGUGAGUGUUGCAAGUAUAUGUUCAUAGAAAAUUUACGCAUAAACGAAGUUGUCUUUCAUGUAGGUAUUAAAAUUUUUAAUAUAUAGAUACAAUUGGAACAAAAUUUUAUGUAAUUUUAGAGGGAUAAGUGGAAGUACUAAUAAAAAGGAGAGGCUUUGAUGAGUUAGAAUAGGUAAGAAUUCUAAGAAGAGGAGAAUCCUUUGGUGAAUUAGCACUUAUUCAUAAACAACCUAGGUUAGCUACUAUUAGAUGUGUAACUGAUUGUAUUUUUGCUAUUUUGGAUAAAUAAAAAUUUUAAUAGAUAUUACAAUAUGAAUAAAAUAAAAAGAUAGAACAAGUAUCAAUUACAAUAUAUUAGAAUAUUGAUUUCUUUGCUCAAAUUUCAAUUUUUAAUUAGCUAAAUCGGACUUAAUUAACUUAGAUAUAUUUAAAUUCAUUUUUAUAUGAAUAUGAAAAGAACUAAUUAGUCAUUUAAAUAGGAGAAAAAUCUGAUAGCUUUCUUAUCAUCAAAUAAGGGUUAUUUUAAGUUAAAAAAUAGAUUAACAAAUCUUAACCUCUGAUUGUAAAAAUUUUCUUUGAUUGUAGCUUUUUGAGAUUGGAGAGAUGCAAAUUUUUGGAUUUUAUCAUCUUUACAAUAAAAUCCCUUAUGAAUAUUCAUUAGUCUGUUCAUCUUCUAAAGGCUUGAUAUAUAAAAUACAAAGAAAUUCACUAAUUGAAAAAAUUUUUGAAUCCUAUUCUUAAGAUUUAGACAAACAUAAAAAUGAAAUUAAUUUUUAUGCGAACUUUAAAGUUAAUUAAGAAUAAUCAACACACCUUAAAUAUCCAAGAUUUUUCUAAAUUAAAACAGAAGGAGAUGAAGAAUAGGAUCUAUAAUAAGAUUAAAAUUCGGCAAAAUCUUAAAAAAACUAGAAGUUAAAAAUUUUCGAUCAUAGAAAUAGAAAUCAGAUAAUACAACAAAAAAUGGAUAAUUUGAUUGAAACAUCAAGAAGAAAAAAAAACAACCAAUAAAAAAUUCCUUAAAUAAAUGGUUUAUUUUAAAUUUUCCUUAAAUCUCAUAGAGGAAUAUAAGAUUCAACUUUAAAUUAAAGAUAAAAAAGUCCUUCUGUUCUAGAGUGCCAAAAUAGAUAGUUUGGAAGCAAUAGUCAUUUCGUAUUUUCAGAUGAAGUUUAAACUAAUCCAUUCAUCACCUACAGAUGUUGUAGUCCUUCUAAGAAAAAUAAUGGCAAAAGGCUUUGUAUUUUAAAGACAUCUAGUAGUUAAAGAACAAUAAUCAAAUAACCAAAGUAGAACACUAAUAAAUUGAAGACUUAGUAACAUAAUUAUCUAUAAAGUUCUUUUAUGCGCUAAACUUAAAUAUAAUUGAGUCCUAAAAUUACAAAACUAAACAUUUACUCAAAUUGA